AAGUUUCCAAAAAACAUUAGGCAAAACUUCCUACGGGACGAAAAAAGGCUAAAGCUUUAGUGAGGAAGCUUUAGUGCACGUCAGAGCGAAGGGCAAAACGAGAAUACUGCACACACACACACACACACACAGUACACACACAUACACAGGCGCGCGCGCACACACACUGAGGUGGAACAUCCAAACUCCUGAAACCUUUUUCUUUUUUAUUUCUGUCUGUUGUCAUCUCGCACGGAUUUACUUUCUCACCACGGAUUCGAAGGCGGAGAGCGUGUUUUCCCCCGUGCCCUUGCAUUUCUUUAAACGAGAAAUGGAAGAGAGCUCGAGUUCACCCGUGUCUCCGGUGGACAGUCUCGGGACCAGCGAGGAGGAGCUGGACCGCCAGCAGCAGCAGCAGCAGCACAGGCGCUUCGCUCGGAAGAGGAGACCGAGUAAAAAGUCGAGUGAGGAGGACAGUUCUGGAGGAAGUCCCGGCUCGGCUAAACGGAGCAAGAAGGCGAGUCCGAGCCGAGCCCAGUCCUACGAGGAACUGCAGAAUCAGCGCGUGCUGGCCAACGUGCGCGAGCGCCAGAGGACUCAGUCUCUGAACGAGGCGUUCGCGUCUCUGCGCAAGAUCAUCCCGACCCUGCCCUCCGACAAGCUGAGCAAGAUCCAGACGCUCAAACUGGCGUCCCGUUACAUCGACUUCCUCUAUCAGGUGCUGCAGAGCGACGAGAUGGACAGCAAGAUGUCCAGCUGCAGUUACGUCGCGCACGAGAGACUCAGUUACGCCUUCUCGGUGUGGCGGAUGGAGGGCGCCUGGUCCAUGUCCGCCUCGCACUAGCGACGGCCAACACAGCGGGACACCAAUGCCACAUGGACUGUUUACUUCCACUAUUGUUAAAGACACCAAAGGAUUUAUUGAAGAAGCCGUGAAGCUUCCUGCCAUGACCAAAGACAUGACCUGAGCUACGUAAAAUGGACUCAAAGUGCUGAUGAAGCCUAGAGUCAGGGAAAGCUCCGCUUCACCUCCACAGAGAGGGAGAAAAGCAGAGCAUAACUGA